UAGAUGAUGUGUUUGCCAGGUGUAUUUGGGAGUUUGGCGUUUUCUCCACUUUACUGUAAGCAGCUUUUCUACUCUACCGCUGAACACGUGCUCUGGGUAGACGCGGACGACUCCGUUAGCACCCACCAGCGCUCGCUAUGGCUGCGCUCCGAGGCGGUGUCCUCUGGCAACAGAAGCAGUUUGACAUCGUGCCCGUGCCACCCUCACCAAUGUCGCAACCCUCUGCUGCCGCACCGUUAGACCACACGCAUCCGCACGCACCCCAUGCAUCCCAGCAACGGCUGCCGGCUCCUGCAGCGGCGACCGUACCACCUCCGCCACCGACAAGUGCUACUGGUGAAGACCCAUCGUGUGUGCCAAGUACUCCUCAUCACUUUCAAACGGCGGCGCAUCGUCCCGGUAUCGCCGUGCAGCACAGCUCACAGCUACGCUUCAACCUGUCUGUGGAGCCGCAUCCGCGGAACAUUGCCACGCGCUUCGACGACAAGCGUCCACAGUGCAUCACGGUAUCGCGACUGCCCAAACCGCCGCCGCCAGCAAAGGAUUCUCGGCGGCCACCACCACCACUGCUGAAGGCCGAAGAACGUGGCCACGUGGAUCUACCGCUGGUGGACAGACGGACGAUGGAGAACGCAUGCCUGUUGGCACGGCAUCGCCUGCGUCACGGCACACACUCUCACUCGGAGUCGUCUCUGGCCAGCAGCUUGCCUCUGAACGGUGGUGAGGUACCUGCAACGCGCCAACACCAACCCCAUGCACACACUGCACCUGCACGCGGUGGUGGUGCUGCUGCAAAUGCUGUUACUGUGGCCAAGACGUCAUCAUCGCAAUGGCCGAGUGAACGUCAAGAAUCCCAGACGGGUUCGGAUUCGGCAUGCUCCCAGCGGCACCAUACUGCACACAAUCACCCACCACAACCGAUCGCGGGUCACACGCGACCCAACCUCAGAUCGGGGAAAACAGCCCACCCCGCAUCCGGGCCGACCGACCCAGCCGCCCAGGUGCGUGGCCAAGCACCCCGGGUGCUAGAUUCACCAACCAGGGCGCACCGUCACUACUGCAUCUCCUGUGGCGUGAGCAUGGCAACUGAAGGAGACCAGCGCGACCAAUGUCCCAGCUGCCAACCCCCAUCCGCAACACAUCCGACGGGCCGCACACAGAACAGUGGUGACCCAGCACGCGGCGAUCAGCCAGUGCCUCGGUUUUCAAGUCCGCAGGAGGAGGUGAUCUACCUGAGAAAGAAGCUGCUGCAGCUUGUACAGAGCAUGGAGACGUCACGUGAUGAAGAUGACCAAGACGCACGGCAUGAAUCGCGCAAAGGCAAGCUAGUACGUGUUGUGCAAAGUCGUCUACAUGGUGGCAUAGUGGAGCAAGAGGAAGACACGGACACGGCAGUAAGACGACAACGCAACCAAGCCACCCAGUCAGCACGCAAGCUGUAUGGUAUUCAGCAGCAGGUGCAGCGUAUCUCUGCAGACCUUGGAAAGCAGUUACCUGGUGGAGUGCAACAUACGAAGAAGACGCGUGCCCUGCAUCGCAUUGCCGCAGCCCAUCGCGCGGCCCUGCGCACCAUCGAGCUGGUCGUGCACCACCGCUGCAACCUCUCCACCAGCGGGGGUGGUGGUGGCCGGGGGGCAGUUGUCGGAGGCGGUGUAGGCGAAGACGGCAGAACCAUAACUGGAGGAAUUGGCGAUGACGGUAGCAGCAGGCAGCAGCGCAACUGGCAAUCUCAGCUCUCCUCGCUACUGCAAGACCUCACCCUGUGCUGUGCCAAGCUGGAGCUGUGCGAUGAGUUCGCUAACGUUGACCCCCUCGGAUUACCACAAGACAAGGAGAACAUUGGGCAAGAUUCAAGCGAACCAGGCAUUGCCAAGCAGCCUCCCCCAGCAUAUAGCUAUUCGCCCGCGGACCGAGACGCAGCGCGAGGAGCAGAGCAACGAGGCCAACAUCCGUCUACCGCAGUCAGAGAUGCUGCACAUAAACAAGUACACAUUGGACCUCGCAAGUCAACAGCGAAGUCACGAUCAUACCCUGCAAGCCGUCAAGCACUCUCCUCGCCACCAGCAGUGGUACGAGCCAGGCCGAAGAAAGCACAGCCUAGGAGCACCGCCGCUCGACCGCACGGCAACAUAAUCAUCCGCACUGGCGGCCACCGACAACUGCCGCCGUCACAUCAGCAGCAGUCUCACCACGUCAACCGUCCCACGUUUGCCAGCCUGCUCAAACAGCACUUGAACACGGGAAGGAAGAUUGCGGCGCAGAGCAGGCAUCGCGAGAGCGUGGCCACGCGCGCUGCGCUGGCCCGACAACGCUCCGACAACCAGGCAACACGCGUUCCCAGUCACCACCGUCAGAUGGAGGCGGCCCUGCUCAGGGAGCUUCAAGUGGCCAACGCAGCGGCGCGGAUGGCCUCCAGUGUGCGGCACGAGGCAAAGCCUGCGAGUGCGUCUGUUCCAAGCGCGAGCAGAGCGCAACCGUUGCUAAGCCACCCUGCGACGGAUUACCAUACUUCGCACACUGCGCCCCCGGAACCCAUAUCUGCACCGGGUAUGCCCAAUGCUAUGCCAACGUCACGUAUUCCAGGGCAAAGAAUGCGCGGAGAGCUGGCCUAUCGUGAUGAUAGCGAAUACAGUGAUUCACCGCAGCGGGAGCAUGCUGCUGCAGGCCGCACACUUGACGAUGAUCCACCCACGCACGAGAACAUCUCAGCUGGUGGCGAAACCAACGACGACCCUGCCGCCGCAUCGUAUAGUUAUUCAACUAGCCCCAAGGUUGGUCGUCGCGCCAGGAGGCAGCGGAGGCAUGUAACUCUAGCGGAUAACACCGAGCGUGAAGAGCACAUCGGGCGCCACUACAGGCACACGGCGGAUAAACAGGAUGACACGACGGCUGCAGCCAGCUCUGCUAGGUCUGGAGUACCGGGAGCAACAGCAGCAGCAGCAGCAGCAGCAGCAGGUGGUGAUAGUGAUGGUGGAGAGGAAGUACUCUGUGAUUCCAGUAGCACCGAAGUGCUGAUGACGAGAACACCUGACACAGAGCUGGACAGGCUGAUGGAGCAGCUGCAGCGAUUCGAGACGUCGACUCAGGACAUCAGACAGCGCUGGGUGACGGCCGCCUAUCCCGAUUUGCCGACUGCACCUCCGUUACCACGACGACCGCCAGUGGAAGCAAGGCGUGCGUGGCAAGGACCGAGUGCAGCGCUGCAUGGCACGCAGGAAGCCGAAUCCCCUUCGCCGAUGACUGGUGCUCGCACUGCAGCAUCUAGAAGCGCAAUCCGGGACAUCGACACAGCUGCUCCACCAACGGCGAUCAGCUAUGCUGAACUACCGACACCGGCAGUUGGUCCCAGCAUAGCCACAUCAGCUAUCUCUACUGUGAGUACAAGUAGAAGUCACCACACUGCAGCUAUACCUGGGCGUGCCCCAGCUCCCGUGCCGGGCGUUCGGCCGCUGCGGCUAACCGUCGCCAUGCCGACCACGAUGAGGACGAGCAUCCAGGUGAAUCGCCGCCUGUACGCGGAUCACCUGCGCAAGCACUAUGGCCGUGUUGCCGUGGAGACUGAUCCCAUGGAACGAGAGAGCGCUGCGGUGGGAAGGAUAUGCGAUGAGCUUGUCGCCGACGCAGUGCAAGACGUGGCCGGGGAGCUGGACAGGUGUUGCGAGCACUUUGCCGUUGAUCUGUAUCGCGACGAGUUUCUACCUCUGUCAAUGUCGCCGACCAGCACAGGGGAAAGCAGCAUCGUCAGUAGCCUUGCCGAAAGGAGGCAUGCAUACGAGUCUGACUGCUCACUUUGACCGUAUAUAAAAAUUAAUAAUAAUAAUAUCUUUAUUAGGAUGACCCAGGAUAAAAAUUAAUAAUAAUAAUAUCUUUAUUAGGAUGACCAUGAUAAUGGGAAGACUGAAAUAGUCACGUUGCGUGUGCGUGCGUGUGUAUGUGUGUGCGCGUGUGACAUACAUGCGGGGAAAAAACAGAGAGGAAAUGAAUUUUUGAAUUUGCCGUUGCUGUAGCACCUGUAUGGUUGAAUGUCCUGGUUCUGAUCAUGCCAUGUAUGACUCUGAUCAACGCUAUUAUGGCUCUGAUGACGCCAUAUUGGGAAUGGUUCUGAUCAACGCUAUAUAUGGCUCUGAUGACGCCAUAUUGGGUAUGGUUCUGAUCAUGCCAU